AUGACAGUCACCGAGGGGGAGCCGGUCUCCAUGGAGUGUCGCUAUUCCCGUAAAAUCGAUGACCGUUACCUCCUGUGGGGUUACGUCCCCCCGGGCACUUCUGGCAUCAAGCAGCUGCUCUAUUGGAGCCCCGGGUCUGAGACACCGACGUAUGUCAACGGCAACUCUGGGCGAUACUGGGCAGAGAAGAACUUCCGACGUAAGGUGAUAAAGCUCCGGAUCGCUCGAGCUACGCAGCGAGAUUCCAGCAGGUAUUUCUGCCAAAGCUCCGACAACCUCAGCAAUGAAAAUGUCACGGAUUUCUGCAGCUGUGGGACCACCCUGAGGGUCCAGGCAGUGCCUCCAUCAUCCGCUCCCUCGGUGGAACUUCACUCUCCAUUCGCUGGGCAGCUCCGGGAGAAUGGCACUGCCACCCUGCUCUGCCUGGCCUCUGGAUUCUACCCCUCCAAUGUCCGCAUCUCCUGGCUGAUAGACGGGCAUACCGUGAGGGCCAGAGUCACCCAGCAGCCCAUGUGCCAAGAUACCAGCGAGAGGUACACGGCCGUUAGCCGUCUUCAGCUCAGUAGCUCCACGUGGAUGGAAGCGCACCGUUACCAGUGCACCGUGACCCACCCAACACUCUCACGGCCCAUCGUCAAGGAGCUCAGGACCCUCGCUUCUCUCUCGCUCAGACGUCCGACAGUCCGACUGAUCCCUCCAUCCAUCCGGGAGAUGGUCACCCACCAAACUGCAACGCUGGGCUGCGUGGCCACCCGGUUCAUCCCCGACCCCAUCACCUUCAGCUGGAUGGCCCAGGGAUUGGAGAUACCCGGGACGUCCCAGACCCUGGUACCCACUGCCAAUGAGGAUGGCAGCUACAGUGCCAGGAGCCAGUUAACGGUAGCACUGGAGGACUGGGAGUCAGGCACCAGUUACACCUGUCAGGUUCCAAAUGCACAGUCCGAUCCCAAAAACAGGACCCUUCGU